GCACAUGACACAGCGUAUCCCGUAUAGAGCGGCCUGGAAGGUUCUGGCUCCGGUGGGUGGGGAAGGCGGAUGAUGACUCGGCGCUUCAGGCCGGUUACUCAGCAUGUGGGAGGGCGGCUAUAUAAUGGUGACUGUCGGCGGCCGGGACCGGAGAGACCGGGGAGAGCUGGACGACAACCGGAUUUUUCAAUUGCCAAAGCAAGUAUCAGCAUUGUACGAUGGAACUUCCAGACUUGGGAAAACAUUGCUCAGAAGACACCUGCAAACAGCUAGAUUUCCUUCCACUGAAAUGCGAUGCUUGUGAAGACCUAUUUUGCAAGGACCACAUAACCUAUGACCAGCAUAAGUGUUCUUCUGCAUACAAGAAGGAUGUGCAAGUACCUGUCUGUCCACUGUGUGGCGCUCCUGUUCCAGUAAAAAAAGGAGAGCUGGCAGACCUUGCAGUAAGCCAUCACAUAGACAGAAGGUGCAGCUCGAAGCCGAAACAAAAGAUUUUCACAAAUCGUUGCUGUAAACCAGGAUGCAAAAAGAAGGAGCUGAUGAAGAUCGAAUGUGAUCAGUGUCACAAUAAUUUCUGCCUGUCUCAUAGACACCCAAUAGAUCAUGCCUGCAAGACCACAGGACCAGCACUUUCAAAAGCUGGAUAUGCAGCUUUGAUGCGAUCUCAGAAGGCUUUAGAACAAAAUACAGCAGCAGUUAAAAGACCAUUAAUUUUUCAGAAAGUUGAGCAGCCUGUAUCCUGUAGAGCUGAAGCAAAAAGUGACCCUCUUGAGUCUUCUGGAGUAGUUGAUCUUCACAAUGGUCUGAGUGAAGACGAAGCUCUGCAGAAGGCUCUGGAACUUUCCUUACUGGAAGCUGGAAUAAAUAAUCUUCUCACAAUGAGACAUCCACCCAUUAAUACGAUAAAAACAACAGGACAGUGAAGUCUGAAGCACUCUUGGUUGUCGGGAUGCAAAGAAAAGCCUCUGUUACUUUUGAAGAGUGAUUGAUUGCUUUUAGUCUCCAAGCACAUACGCUCAUGAAAUGGAGGCACAUUGGGCUAGAUUCAGAUAGCCUGCCGUAACUUUGUGAGGAUACGCUACGCCGUUGUAACUUAGUGAGG